UACUCAUAUAUUUCUUAGCAAAUACAAUGUUUGCUGUAAUUUAUUAAUUUUAGUUAUUAUCUCCUUUUCUUUACUUUUUCCUUGUAAAAUAGGGUUAAGGACUACACCUGAAAGGAAACUCAUGUUUUUGGAAAUGUCAUUGGCAUGAUUGUUUAUCCACCAUUUUGUUUUGCUGUCGUCCUCAGAGUUUUUCCUGGUACCGUGGCCUAUUUUACAAUGAACUAGAUUGACUCAAAUUUCGAAAAAUCGUAGAAUCAGAGAACGCUCUGUGUUUUCGAAGAGAUUUGUUUUUAACGGAUUUGAGUCAGUUUUUUAAUAAAUGUUCUCAUUAUGAGAAUUCGUGAAAUUUCACCUCGAGUUCUGACCCAACUUUCCUGACUUCUUUAAUCAAAUGGCGAUUACUAGAUAAAACGAACAGUUUUCGCGUCAUUUACCACGAUGUCAGGUCAGAGUGGAGGGCAUCGCUUAAGGUUGUCCAAACUCAACGAUCAGCUGACGUGCAAAUUAUGCGGUGGAUAUUUCAUUGAUGCCACUACUAUCAUAGAGUGUUUGCAUUCGUUUUGCAGGAGCUGUAUUGUCAAGUAUCUGGAGAACAAUAAGUAUUGUCCAAUAUGUGAGGUACAGGUGCACAAAAGUAAACCACUACUCAACAUUCGUCCAGACCAUACUUUACAGGACAUUGUGUAUAAACUGGUACCAGGAUGCUAUCAAAAUGAGAUGCGAUGCAGAAGAGACUUUUAUUUAAAACAUCCUGAAGCAUGCACUCAAGCAACAUCUCCAGAGGCAAGAGGGGAACCAAUUGAAUCGCAUAUAUAUUCUCCAGAUGAAUCACUUAGUUUAUCAUUAGAAUACUUUAGUCCAUCCAAGGACAUCAAAGGUAUAGCUGUAAAACCUUUAUUGAGGCGGUAUCUUCGUUGUCCUGCUGCUGUGACCAUUUUUCAUUUACAAAAGCUUAUACGAGCUAAGUAUGGCUUAACUGAUGCACAUAGGGUGGAUGUAAUGUAUAAAGAGGAACCCCUGUGUAGUAGUUAUACAUUGAUGGAUGUGAUGUAUAUUUAUCAUUGGAGACGAAAAGUGCCAUUGCAUUUAAGUUACAGAAUAUUUGAAUCUUCUCCAAAGCGAAUAAAACUUUCUGAAGAUAAUGUCAAUUAUAAAACAACUUUACUUCAUGCUGGAAUUGAUUCCAUUGAAUCAAAAGAAGAAAAAUCAUCAAAAAGGGAAUGGAAAGAAGUACAGUUGAAGAUAUCUGAAACUGGUAUUAUGAGCAUUACAGAUAUAACGGACCAACAAUUUAAGAAAAAUACAAAAGUUGAAGAAUCCAUUACUAGCAUUGAAACAAUAAACACAUCGAUAGUUGAAGAAAAUGACAGUAAAAAUAACAUACCCGAAGCCAGUGAAGGAAACAAACCGUCUUCAGACAAACAAGAUGUUAGUGAGUCUGAUAAUUCUUCCAAAUUAAACGAAUUUGGUGAACAAAAAUGCCCCAAUCAAACAGAAACUGUGAAAACAUUAACAAAAGGAAUUGAAAAUACGAUAAACUUUAAAUAUGAGGAGGAAUCGAAAAAUCGAUCGGAUAAUAACAAUGUUGAAGAUAAAACAAUUUUACAGAAAAGUAUUCAAUCACAAGAGAUGGCACAAUAUGUGAGUGAACAUGAAAUUAGAAAUAAUAACAUUGAAAAUAAAGAUCAAAAGGAGUCAUCAAGAAAUAACAAUAAUAUUAUCGCGGAUAAAUUGGAAAACUCUAAGCAAAAUUCAAGAAAUGAGAUAAAAUUUAUAAAUACAGGAUCGAAAAUCAAUGCUCUAAGUGUGAAAUUACAAUUCCAACCGAAAACUGGACAAAUUAGCAGUAACAAUGCUUCUUCGAAAAAGGUUACGAAAGAUAGGAAAAUCACACCACAGUCGUCUAAAAAGGUAGAGGUAAAGAUUGCUGAAAACUUAAAAUCUACAGAGCUGAAAAAUUCUUUUGAUCCUUCAAAAACACAAGUAAUGACAAAUAAUGGUGGGGUUACAUUAACCAAAUCAUUAGUUCCAUGUUCUACAAAAGCCAUAUCACAGAAAACAGAAUUACUGGAUGCCACAGAACCUGUUUUAUCAACGUACCCAAGUACUUCAGUUAAUUCUGAAACGAGAGAAACGGAAAUAAAUGUAAGAAAUGUGCAAUCAACUGAUCAGAAGGAAGAAUAUUCUUCUCAAGGAGAAAGUAUUAUAGAAAAAAAACCAUAUGUAUCAGAGCAGAUUUCAACAGAAUCUUGUCAAAGAACCAAUGGACAAGCAAAUACACCUUCCCAAAAGUCGUACACUCAAAUUGAAUCGUUAUCAAAUGAUAAUCUCGCAUCAUCAAAUCCUUCUACAUCACUACCUAUGUCUGUUGGUAAUGGAAUCAAUCCAAUUUCUACGUCAACAAUAAGUCAAUCUACAUCUACAUUUCCCUAUAUGGUCCAGGAUUUGGUAAAUAGUACUAUGUUGAAAAAUUCUCUCAAAAGUUUAAGUACAUCAACGACGCAAAAAUUAUCCUCUACUGCAAUUUCUGAAAAUGAAGUACCUACAUCUUCAGUAUCAGAAAGUUCUACAGCAUUUACUAUACCUUCCUUGAACGUUUCUUCUUCUUUGAAAAGUAGUUAUCUAAGUCCAAGUACUUCAAAAGAAUCCGUUUUGAAAGCGAAUUUGGAAAUAACUAAUACAUAUUCAGUGCCUCCUUGUCCCGAUGCUAUUCCAAUCUCUUUGAUGAAACCAACAAUUCGUAAAAAUGAAUUAAUUACGAAGGGUUCUAAUUUAAAUGAAAUUUGUGCAAAAAUUGGGGCCUCCGGUUCAAAAAUUAAUGAUAUUUGUGCUAAAAUUGGGGAAAAUUCUAAAGAAAAAAACAAAACGGAAGUAAGAAGUAAAUCCGAUAUCCCAGAUUUAUUAAAAAUCGGGAGAAAGAAUGGUUCGCCAUCAAUCGCCAUUGAUUCCAGUAGUAAACAGCAGCAACAUACAAAUAUUCCAAAUGUGCCCGUUUAUGCACCUAAUAGUAGUGCAAUCACAACAGAGAGCAAACAUAUUUAUUCAAAUGUAAAGGAUAGUCUUAGAGCUACUUCGUUAAUAACUACUUCUCCAAUGGCUACAUCACACUCUUUACAGAAGGUUCUCUCUGUCUCUAAAAAACAAAGUCAAGCAGUAGGUUACAAGACUCUUCGUGAUCCCCCAAGAUGCUGGAAUCCUACACUUUCUAAAAACAAUUAUGUAGCAGUUAAGAAUCAAAGUAAAGAGACACAAAACCAAUUACAUCAAACCACGCUUUUCGAAAGAAGUAAGACAAUUCAAUCUAAACCGGCUAAAAUUUUUAAAAUGAGAAACAUGCCAAGAUAUUUGGGUAAUCCCGCAUCUGGAGUGAAGCCAAUGUACGGUAUCGGUAAUGAAUGUAAAGAGAAAGAACAGUCGACAAUGUCAUCAACAACAACUACAAACACAUCUAGCAGUUCUAAAAAUGGGAACUUGAGUAUGAUGAAGAUAGAUCCUAAAACUUUAUCUCCAAUUGUAUCAACAGUUAAUUCACCUAUCGUUUCACCACCUCCAUAUUCUCCUAGUGCAAGGAAUUACCCAAAUCCUCCAUUCUCAAGAGAUAUUUGUAGAAGUACUGGUUCGCCAAUAUCUCCAAAAAAUUCUCCAGUAAACAUGCUUUCAACGAGUCCUUUUAUACCUUCUCCAACACCAAAUAUGAAUCCUGGGCUAAUCUAUCCUCACUUUCCACGACCAUUUCCAGAUGCUACUAGAUUUCCAAAUCCUUUGAUACGUUCACCAAUAGGAAUUCCAUCUCCCAGUGCCUUCCAUAGUAAUUUACCUCCUUCAAUUAAUAAAUUGUAUCAACGAUCUAGUUAUAUUCCACAAACUACUGGCUUUUCUCCAGUUUCACAACCUCCAACAGUUCAGAGAAUACCACCAAGCACCUAUUCUUCACCUAAGUCACCUAAAACUACCUCUCUAACAGCAAUUUCUCCUGCAUCUUACAACUUGGUCAAACCCGAAACACAAGCGAUCGCAACAUCUCUUGAGACUAAUAACCUGCUUCUUCCAGAAAAUACAUCACAGGAAGAUGUUAGUGCAUUUAAUUUGUCUAAGACUGGAAAUUUUUGCAACACGGAGGUUGUUAACAUGCCGACAGAGACAGUUCGAAAUUCUAAAUCAACUUCGCUUUCUCCCAGUUCAAGUGUUGGACAGAAUAAAAAUACAUCGAUCGUUAAUUCUAAAGCUAAGUUAGAAACGUCUCCAUUGGGUGCAGGCGAUCAAGAUCAAAAUAAGGAACGGUUGGAAAAGGAAGCUAUAAAAUGUAAAGAACAAAAUUUAUAUCUAUCAAAAGGACAAAAUUUGGAAAAGAGUCAACCUGAUGAGGAUAGUGACAGUGUAAAUACGAAAAAAGAAAAAUCUCCUACACAAAUUAAUGGAGAUCUCACUAAUGAAAAGAAGGACGAAGCAAUAACAGAAAAAAUUGCAGAACAGAAUGAGCAAAAUGAAGCAGAGAUAGUACAAGUUUCAGAAAAAGUUGUUGAAAAAGAAAAAGUAGAAGAACCCAAAAACGAGAAAUGUGAAAAAACCGAGGAGCAGCAGAAUAAUUCUGAGAUUCAAGUUAACAAAACAAAGACAUAAAUUUUGCAUUGAGCAACUCAUGCAAGUUGUACGUUCGUUGACGUAUGAAAAUAUUCGGAUAUUAUUACAUUUUAUUUUAUACAAAAUAUUUUGUCGAAUCGUAAUUCAACAUAUUUCAGAUUCCUGACAAAUUUUUUCACGCUGCUAAUACAAAACUAAUACGUGUUGUUAUUUUAAUUAUUACGAUUUUUAAACUGCAAAGCAUUAAACAUAUUGAAACAAUAAUAUGUUUAAUGUAUCACUAAUAUUUAAAUCUUUAUCUUACAUAAAAGUUGUAAUAAUUAGAAAUACAUAACACAUGUCUCUCCCUCUCUUUCUCUCCAUCUCUUUUCUGGUUUAAACAAAAAAGAAAAAAUGAAAGAAAUGACUAAAUAUAUUCAAGGUCACGUUCGACAUAAGGGCUGUAUAAAGAUUAUAUAGAAAACGAUACUGCGUAUAGUUAAUCAUAUUUAUAUGAGGAGUUUUUAUAAAAUAAUUUCACGCAGUCUGUUAGUUUACAUUAUUUAUCAUAUUUCUGAACAAAUUUUAUUAUUUGUUUCUUAAUAUAUCUUAGUCAACUAAAUAUUUAACCAAAGCCUCGAGAAUUAAUCUAAUGUUCCAGGUAGAUUUAGCUACGAUACACUUUUUCGAUUGGCUCUUUUUUCGCAUAUACCCUCUUUUUAAAAAGGAAACAACUAUAGUAAAUUGUCCGAGGCCUUAUCACAGUAAUCUUAUAUAUGAAGUAAUGUUAGGAAAUCGAGAGCAAGAGAAAAUCGUUGUUAAAUGGUUUAAGAAGAUGAGAAAAAGUAUUACGCUAUAUAAGUGAUUUCUCUCUUUCCAGCUUAAUUAGUUAAUAUUAUCGAUGUGUCGCAUCGCACCGAAUUAUUAAAAUAGCACGCAUGGAUAAGAAGUCCACUAUUAAUUUUGAUAAGUGCCGGAAAGAAAGAAAGAAAGAGUUAAUGUAUAGAUAAAUUUUUAAUAUUGGAUGAUUUUCUUUUUCCUUUUAGAUACAUUUACUUGUAAAUAGUGUAUAAUGAUUGAAAGAAGUCUAUAUCAUGUAUUAGAUAUAAAAAAAAUUAUCGAUUAUUAAUAUAAUUUGACACGCAUAUUUUUAGGUAUUAAGGAUGUAACGAUAGUAUUUUUUGUCUAAUACGAGGAAGCAAUUUUUAGAGAGAUGCCUGAUUGUAGAGCAAAAAACAACGUAUUUUUAAUAAGUUAUUAGUUGUGUGCGCGCGCGACUCUUUUGUAUACAAGGUGUACCUGAAUGAGUGAGCGAGUGAAAAAUGUGUGUGUAUAAUUUUGUGUAAAAAAAAUUUCAAUAUCGAAAUUUUAAAUUUCAAUAUCGAAGUUUUCGAAAUUUUGUUUUAUUUAUAACAAAACGUUGAUCGUCGUUUGUUUUGAAAUUUAUGUACAUGUUUUACGUAUGUUUGUGUGCUCGCGCGCAUACUCUGAAGCGCGCGCGUUAUCAAUACAGUAAUAAUACUACGUAAAGUAGAUGAUGUUCUUUUGAUUAUAAAAAUAUAGUUGAUUAUACUUUA